UGGGUUGCGGCUGAGUUAUUCAGCUGGAGACUGGCGACUAGACGACGUGGCAAGACGGAGCAAGAACGUAUGCCAGGACGGCGCAGAGAGGCCGUGUUUGGUGCUCUGCUGAACGCUACGAAAGUUUUAAAUGUUGAGCUGCAGGCUCAGGAGCACCAGGCAGGGUCAGAAGCCACGAUCCAUCGAUCAUCGGGGGGUGCUUCUUCCGCGGCUGGCGCCUUGCUCUCUCGGCUUGUUGUCUCGCAAUGGCGCCCCUUCUCCGUUCCCUGCUCGCGCCACGAGGCUCGGUCCCCGGCGUUUCAUGACUUUAUGCCUGUCACGUUGCACAAUCUCGCUCGUGUCUUUCUCUUCGUCCUCUGUACGUUUUGAAAGCGGUACACGCACCUCAUAACAAUGUUUUUUUUUUUUAUGUUCUGCAGUGAUGGUCGCAAGCGGCCUGUCUUCAUUUCUGGUGAAGAUGCUUCAGGCGCAGUUUAGCAUGACCGCGUCGACAGCUUCAAUGAUUAUGGGCUCCGUGACCAUACCGACGGCCAUGGUGGGCGUCAUGCUCGGAGGCGUGGUCAUCUCUCGCUUCCAGCUGGCCGCCGCGGGCAUCGUGCGCCUCUGCGUGCUCGUGCUUCUUGUGCCCAUCGUGCUGGUCACGGUGCUGCUAUUCCACUGCGACAACAUCCCCUACCGGAACGUCCAGUACGACGUCGGAGUUACCAGCGUGUCGAGCGUGAACGUCACUCUGAAGGAGUCGUGCAACAGCCGCUGCGGCUGCACCACGACACGCUUCAAUCCCAUCUGCGGCCGCGACGGCUACACCUACUACUCGCCGUGCUACGCCGGUUGCCUACGCGAGUAUGCCACAGCGAGCAGCAGGGCGUACUCGCAGUGCCUGUGCGUGAACCGCACGGUUUCGGCGUCGGCGCGCACCGGAGACGGAGCCAGCAGCUCGGGCGGUGGCCCGAGCCCGUUCGGCACCGUGCCGGGCACCACGGUGGAGAUCGACGCGGUGCGAAACAAGUGUCCCAACCCGUGCGGCCUGGUCAAUGUCUUCAUACCCAUUCUGGCCGCCAUCGUGUUCGCCACCUUCUUCCUCAGCACGCCCGCCGUCGCAGCCAUUCUCAGGUGCAUUCCCGAGAAACACAAGUCCGUCGGCCUCGGAAUUCAGUGGAUCAUCGUGCGGGCUUUCGGGCUAAUCCCCGCCGGCGCCGCGUUCGGGCACACCAUCGACGCGAGCUGCGUGCUGUGGGAGGAGCCGUGCGGCUCGUCGCAGGGCGCCUGCGCCAUCUACGACAACCUGCUGCUCAACCGCAACGUCUACUUCCUCAUCCUGGCGCUGAAGAUGGCCUCGUUCUGCUGCUUCGGGACGGCGCUCUUCUUCCUGCGCGAGCCUGCGCCACCGCCCGUGUCCGUCGCCGCCUUGCCCGACUGACUCUCGUGCGCCUGCGUGUGUGCGUGUGUGUGCAACGGGGCAUCUUUAGCGAUUUGAGUCGUUGCGCAAAAAAAUAAAAGAAGACAAAAUGAAAUAUAAAAUUUUAUCCCGUUCUUUCUGGUUGUGAAACUCUUGACAGCUUGGCGUUCCUCAGCGUGCCGCUUGGCUGCCGUGAUUUUCGUGAAAGGCCGUAUAUACACUCGAGUAGACAAGCACGACUGCGGCAGUUUGACCUACAGGCG